AUGGCGCGCGUCCUCUCGUGGGCGCCGGACGUUCUCGUCCUCCUCGUCAUCGCCCUCCACGUCGCGCUCGCGCCGUACGCCAAGGUCGAGGAGAGCUUCAACCUCCAGGCCACGCACGACGUCCUGUACCACGGCCGUAACCUGGGGCGGUACGAUCACCACGACUUCCCGGGCGUCGUCCCGAGGACGUUCGCCGGCGCGGUCGUCCUCGCGGGACUCGUCGCCCCGAUCAAGUGGCUGAUCGAACGGAGCGACUCGAUCGGUAGCCUCGACGGCGACGCGGUCGCGAUGCAGAUCGUCGCGCGGCUGGCCCUGGGCGCGUGCACCGCGCUCGCGAUCGCGCGAUUUCGAUUCGCGCUCGCGUCUCGAAUCGGCGCGCCCGCGUCCGUCGCGUUCGCGCUCCUCACGGCGACGUCGUUUCACCAGACGUUCUACGCGUCUCGGACGCUGCCGAACGUCUUCGCGCUGAUCCUCGCGACGCACGCGAUGGCGGACUGGCUGCUCGCGACCGGCGACCGCGAUGGCGGACUGGCUGCUCGCGACGACGACGCGAGGGCGCGGCGUUGCGUCCUCCUCCUCGUCGCCGCCGUCGUGUUGUUCCGAUGCGACGUCGCCCUCCUUCUCGUCCCGGUCGCGACGCACCUGCUGUGGACGCGCGCGAUCGCGAUCGCGGACGCGGCGUGGUGGGGCGCGCGGUGCGUCCUCGCGUGCCUCGCGGUGACCGUGGCGCUGGACACGAUCAUGUGGCGCCCGCCAGAGGACGCGACGCGUUCCAUCGCGCCGUCGACGACGCAUUGGCCGGGCGCGACUGGCGUCCUGUGGCCGGAGGGACGCGUCGCGUUUUUCAAUACCGUCCUCAACAAGAGCUCCGAAUGGGGCGUCUCUCCGUGGCACUGGUACUUCACCUCCGCGCUUCCUCGCGCGCUCACGGUGUCGUAUCCGCUGUCGCUCGUCGGCGCCGCGUUGGAACGUCGCGUUCGCGCGGCGCUCGCGAUUGGACUUUUUUACGUCGUCGUCAUCUCGCGUCUCCCGCAUAAAGAGCUGCGAUUCGUGUUCCCGACGCUGCCGCUGUUCACCGCGUGCGCGGCCGCCGCGGUAGGCAGGGCGUGGACCCGCCGCGCGAAGAUCACGCGGUGCCUCAUCUGGGCGCUCUUCGCCGCGGUCGUCGUCCUCGCGUGGUGCCUCGGCGUCGCCGCGCACGUCGCGUUCGCGCUCGCGGCGAGGUGUAACUACCCGGGCGGCGUCGCGCUGGCGCGAUUACACGCGCUCCGCGCCGACGUGCCGGGGACGGUGCACGUCGACGCCGAUGCGGCGACGACGGGCGCGUCUCGAGAAGGACGCGGGUGGAGCUACCGCAAAGACGAGGGCGACGACGUCGACCGCUCGGGGUUCGAUUACCUCGUCUCGGGCGCAGAUCGCGUCGACGGGUUCGAGGUGUUGGACGCGAUCGAGGGGUUCGGCGGUCUCGUGAUCGACCUCGCGGCGCGGCCGCUGCCGUUGCGGGUGACGAAGCGGCCGAAGAUUUGGCUCCACGCGCGCUCGGCGGAGGCGCGGAGCGGCGAGCGGUGA